AUGAACGUAGGUGGUCUGCCGUCGCUCCUCAAGGAAGGAACCAAGCAUCUGUCCGGUGUGGAGGAGGCCUGCCUCCGCAACAUCGAGGCCUCGAAGCAGCUCUACCACAUUGUGCGCUCGUCCAUGGGUCCCAAUGGCAUGAACAAGAUGGUGAUUAACCAGCACGACAAGCUCUUCGUGACGAACGAUGCUGCCACCAUCAUCCGCGAGCUCGAUGUCGUCCAUCCUGCUGCCAAGAUGGUCGUGAUGGCCGCUAACAUGCAGGAGCAGGAGUGCGGAGACAACACCAAUCUUGUGGUGUCGCUUGCCGGCGAGCUGCUGGUGCAGGCCGAGUCCCUCAUCCGCAUGGGCCUCCACCCUAGUGAAAUCAUCGCCGGCUACACCAAGGCCGCUCAGCAUGCUUCUGAGCUCCUUGAAGGCCUUGCCUGCCACACGUGUGAGGAUCUGCGCAACAUCGAGGAGGUGACCCGCUGCCUGAAGAGCGCUAUCGCCUCUAAGCAGUACGGUUAUGAGGACAUGCUGUCCAAGGUUGUCGCCAAGGCCUGCAUCCAGGUCCUGCCCAAGAACACGAGCAAGUUCAACGUCGAUCACGUGCGCGUGGUCAAGAUCCUCGGCGGUGGCGUGCUCGACACCCACGUGAUGAAGGGCUUCGUCCUCGCUCGCGAUGCUGUCGGUACCAUCAAGCAUGUCACCAGCGCGAAGAUUGCCGUCUUCGCCACGGGCAUUGAUCUCGCCAAGACCGAGACCAAGGCCAACGUCACCCUCAAGAGCGCUGACGAGCUGUUGAACUUUGCCAAGGAUGAGGAGAAGCACAUGGAGGAGGUGAUCAAGCAAAUCUCGGAGACCGGCACGAAGGUGGUGGUUGCGGGUGGCAACGUCGGCGAGCUCGCUCUCCACUUCAUCGAGCGCUACGGCAUGAUGGUUCUGAAGGUCGAGUCCAAGUUCCAAAUCAGGCGACUUUGCAAGGCCACCGGCGCCACUCCGUUGGUCAGACUGGGUGCCCCCAUUCCUGAGGAGCUGGGCUACUGCGACGUGGUCUCAGUGGACGAGAUCGGAAGCACCAAGGUGACCAUCUUCAGGCAGGACACCGAAGACUCAGGCAUCUCGACCAUCAUUGUGAGGGCCAGCACGCAGAACCUCGUCGACGACAUUGAGCGCGCGAUCGACGAUGGCGUCAAUGUCUACAAGGCGAUGGUGAAGGAUGGCCGCUUCGUUGCUGGCGCCGGUGCCACUGAGAUUGAGCUGGCCAGGAAGAUUCACGCCCAGGGUGAGGCUUCUCCAGGCCUCGACCAGUACGCCAUCAAGAAGUUCGCCGAGAGCCUCGAGGUGGUGCCCCGUACUCUUGCCGAGAAUGCCGGACACAACGCUACUGAGAUCAUCUCUCAGCUCUACGCUGCCCACACUGGCGGCAAGACGAACGACGGCGUCAAUGUCGAGACCGGCGGAACCAUCAACGCCGCUGAGGCCGACAUUUUGGAUCUGCUGGCCAGCAAGGCCUCUGCCCUCAAGCUCGCUGCCGAUGCUGCCACCACCAUCCUCCGCAUUGACCAGAUCAUCAUGGCUCGCGCUGCUGGUGGCCCUAAGCCUCCGGCCAUGGGUGCCCGCGACGCCAGCUAA